GUAGGUGGCUGACGUAGGCCGGUGACGCAGGCGGGUGACGCAGGGCCUAUAAACCGCUGUUUCCUUACAUCAGCUGCCUCUUCCCUGCCUAAGCCAUCGUGUGGUGGGCAGCGUAAAAUUUACUGACCGAGCGUAUCCGAAACCAUCCGUCAAAAUGGUUAACUUCACUAUAGAGCAGAUCCGUGCCAUCAUGGACAAAAAGGCCAACAUCCGUAACAUGUCUGUGAUUGCGCACGUCGACCAUGGAAAGUCAACUCUGACAGACUCCCUGGUAUCGAAGGCGGGCAUCAUUGCAUCAAACCGUGCUGGAGAGGCCCGUUUUACAGACACGCGCAAGGAUGAGCAGGAACGUUGCAUUACCAUCAAAUCUACCGCCAUCUCCAUGUACUACGAGUUGGGUGUCAAUGACCUGGCCUUCAUUAAGAAUAGCAAGGAUGGUGCUGGCUUCUUGAUCAACUUGAUUGACUCACCAGGACACGUUGACUUCUCCUCUGAAGUGACUGCAGCUCUCCGAGUGACUGAUGGAGCCUUGGUUGUUGUGGAUUGCGUCUCUGGUGUUUGUGUGCAAACUGAGACUGUGCUCCGUCAGGCCAUUUGCGAGCGCAUCAAGCCAGUCCUGAUGAUGAACAAGAUGGACCGUGCCUUGUUGGAGUUGCAGAUUGAACCAGAAGAUCUCUACCAGACUUUCCAGCGUAUUUGUGAGACUGUGAACGUCAUCAUCGCCACUUAUGGAGAAGAUGAUGGUCCUAUGGGCAGCAUCCAGAUUGAUCCACCAAUAGGUACUGUUGGCUUUGGCUCUGGACUCCAUGGCUGGGCUUUCACCCUGAAGCAGUUUGCUGAGAUGUAUGUAGCCAAGUUUGCUGCAAAGGGCAACACCGAGAUGACACCAGAAGAGCAUUGCAAGAAGGUGGAGGACAUGAUGAAGAAACUGUGGGGUGACAGGUUCUUUGAUAGUAGUACUGGAAAGUUCUUGAAGUCUGGUGUUACAGCCGAUGGCAAAAACCUCCCCCGCACCUUUGUUGCUCUUGUGUUGGACCCCAUCUUCAAGGUGUUCAAGGCCAUCAUGGAAUUUAACAAAGAGGAAACUGCCAAGCUGAUCCAGAAGCUGGACAUCAAGUUGGAUAAUGAGGACAAAGACAAGGAGGGCAAGCCUCUCCUGAAGGCUGUCAUGCGUCGCUGGCUUCCGGCUGGAGAAGCACUUCUGCAAAUGAUCACCAUCCACCUGCCUUCCCCGGUCGUUGCCCAGAGGUACCGUUGCGAUAUGCUCUAUGAAGGCCCUGGUGAUGAUGAGGCUGCCACCGCUAUCAAGAACUGUGACCCCAAUGGCCCUUUGAUGAUGUAUAUCUCAAAGAUGGUCCCCACCAAUGAUAAGGGUCGCUUCUACGCCUUUGGACGUGUGUUCUCUGGGUGUGUCUCCACUGGCCUGAAAGUGCGCAUCAUGGGACCAAACUACAUCCCUGGAAAGAAGGACGACCUUUACGUAAAGCCAAUUCAGAGGACAAUUUUGAUGAUGGGCCGUUACACUGAGGCCAUUGAAGAUGUACCAUGCGGUAACAUUGUGGGUCUGGUCGGAGUGGACCAGUAUCUUGUCAAGACGGGAACAAUCACCACCUUUGAGCAUGCACACAACUUGAAAGUGAUGAAGUUCAGUGUCAGCCCUGUGGUGAGAGUUGCUGUGGAGGCAAAAAACCCUGCUGACCUGCCCAAGCUGGUGGAGGGUUUGAAGCGUCUGUCCAAGUCUGACCCUAUGGUGCAGUGCAUCAUUGAAGAGUCUGGAGAACAUAUCAUUGCUGGAGCUGGAGAGCUGCAUCUGGAGAUCUGUUUGAAGGAUCUGGAGGAGGAUCAUGCUUGCAUCCCAAUCAAGAAAUCUGACCCAGUGGUGUCCUACAGGGAGACAGUCAGCACCCCAUCAUCUGUCUUGUGUCUGGCAAAGUCGCCUAACAAGCACAACCGUCUGUUCAUGAAGGCCCGUCCCUUUGAAGAGGGCCUAGCAGAGGAUAUGGAUAAGGGCGAUAUUACCAUGCGUCAGGAGGCCAAGGCCCGUGCUCGUCAACUUGUUGAAAAGUUUGAGUGGGAUGCCGGAGAGGCUAGAAAGAUUUGGUGCUUUGGACCUGAUGGAACUGGCCCCAACAUGCUGGUGGACGUGACCAAGGGAGUGCAGUACCUUAAUGAGAUCAAGGAUAGUGUUGUUGCUGGCUUCCAGUGGGCUGUCAAGGAGGGUGUCCUCUGCGAAGAGAACAUGCGUGCUGUUCGCUUUGACGUCCAUGAUGUGACCCUGCACACAGAUGCCAUUCACCGUGGUGGUGGUCAAAUUAUUCCCACAGCCCGCAGAGCUAUGUACGCUUCUGCGCUCACAGCUGAGCCUAGAAUCAUGGAGCCAAUCUAUCUGGUAGAGAUCCAGUGUCCUGACAGCGCAAUUGGUGGAAUCUACGGUGUGUUAACCAAGAGGCGUGGUCAUGUGUUUGAAGAGUACUCCGUCACUGGGACACCCAUGCAUGUCAGCAAGGCCUACCUGCCUGUCAUGGAGUCAUUUGGUUUCACAGCUGACCUACGAUCUUCCACUGGUGGCCAGGCCUUCCCACAGUGUGUGUUCGACCACUGGCAGAUCCUCCCUGGAAACCCAAUGGAUCCAGCAACCAAGCCUGGCAUUGUUGUCACUGAUACACGCAAACGCAAGGGUCUCAGGGAAGGUGUCCCAGCAUUGGAUAACUAUCUGGACAAAAUGUAAAAGCUGACCUGGCUCAUGCCUCAUUCCUGCUUUCCCAUCAAAUUUAAGUCUACAUCGUGGGACCGGACUGUACAGAACACAGUGAUCACUGUUUGCCACAAGGAUUGACAAUAUUGAAUAAAUAUCUACAAAAAUUGUAAACCAUCAAUAAAAGAAAAUAAAAAUGUA